GCUUCCAGAGACCGGAUGACUUUCCCCAGGGCAGAGGAAGAGAUUUCCAUGCUGAAAUCCCUUGAUUCUCGUAUCGGAUGUCCUCAGUUAGCCUGUGUGGAAACUAAAUGUAAAGCAAGGGUCAAAUGCUUCCUGGAGUACCCCGCAAUUUCCAUUCUUUUGAUGCUGGACAAGAGUUUGAGGACCAUAACAGAUCACAUGCAGUCUCAGCAACGCACGGAAGAGGUCAGAGAUCAAAAUGGCUCCCGGAUUAUCUUCUUCGAGGAGGCCAGAGGUUCCUCCGAUCAGCAGCAGAUCUUGACGGCUCCAGAGAUGACCCAUGAAGUGAUCAUCUCACCUGGACUCCCUACACCUCCUCUGAGCCCUUUUCGCUCUGCAGGGCUGCCAUACCCUGAGGUGAAGGUAACAGAUGUAAAUGGAAAUGGACCAACAAAUCUCAGCUUUGGAUCCUACUAUGGCCCCUCACAAUCUCCUGCAGGCGGACUCUCCAAUGGCGUGCCGAGCUCUUCCACUCUACCUCGCAGCUGGACUCCCAGCAGAGAGGAGAGGCUCAUCAAAUUCUCUGGAAUCGGACCUGUGGAUGAAACUGGGAUGCCCAUUGCCUCCAGAUCAAGUGUGAACAAACCCAAAGACUGGUACAAGAGCAUGUUCAGACAGAUUCACAAGAAGCCAGAGGAACUCGAGGAGGAGUCAGAGCAGUGGUCAGCUGAACGCCUCCAGCUAUCUGCCCACACAGAGGACAAUAAUGAAGCAGACAAGAAUCUCUUCAGACUAACACCCUAUGGAGCUCUGCCAGACUGGAGUGAAGAUGUAGAUAAGCUGUCAGACCCCGGAAAGCAGCACCCUCAGCCGAAGAGCAUAUUCGACUUUGAGCCUGGAAAGAGCAGUGCCUCAGUGAGCCACAGCCAGGCCUGUUCAUCCCAGAAGACACAGCCUGAGAAACCAAAGUCGUCUUCAAUUGAGGCCAGUCUGGUCUCUGAGCUGAGCAGAUUUGAGGCCGAGCUGGACUCUGAGAUCCAGGGCCUGGAGAGGCGACUUUCCCAGAAGAAGCAGCAUCGAGGCCGGGGUGAGGAGGCCACAGGCAGGGAUACAGUGACGGCUACAAAGACUGGAACUACAAACUACAGAAAUUCAUCAGCAUCAAAGCAGCCUGUCCAUCACUCUGUUGGCACAUCAUCAUCAACCUCCACUCCCACAUAUGUAGAUCGUCUUUCGCCUGCAAAUGAAACCAUGGAGCUCCCGCCUAAGAAAGAGGAGAAAAAGAUGAAAGCAGCACGUGCCAAGUUCAACUUCCAGGCUCAGUCACCAAAGGAGCUCAUGCUGCAGAAAGGGGACAUUGUUUACAUCCACAGGCAGGUAGAUGCAAACUGGUUUGAAGGAGAACAUCAUGGGCGAGCUGGGAUUUUCCCCACGACUUAUGUGGAGAUCCUGCCUCCGACAGAGAAGCCAACUCCAAUAAAGUCUCCCACUCUUCAGGUGUUGGACUACGGGGAAGCUGUAGCUCUGUUCAACUUCAACGCUGACUUACCUGUUGAACUGUCUUUUCGUAAAGGUGAAGUGAUCAAUAUAACCCGGCGAGUCGAUGAUCAGUGGUUAGAGGGAAGGAUCACAGGGACCAGCCGGAGUGGCAUUUUCCCAGCCAGUUAUGUGCAGGUCACCAAGAUGCCCCGCACCAAAUACUCCACAGAUGACUACUCCCCUGGCCCAUUGUCCCCCGUCUCCCCUGGACCCCAAAGUCCAGGACGUCCACUCCACUCACCCUGCCCGCGCUCACCACUGUCCCCCUUCACCCCUAACUCCCUCAGCCCCAGACCUGCUCACUCACCCCUGAAACCGUCCUCACCUGUACCUUACAAUAGCACAGCUUCACAUUCACGCUCCCCCACCCAAACACCCGUUUCCAAAGAAACAGCCAAUCGGUGGCCUCACAGCACCUCCAACACUGCCUCACCAACCAACCAGAACAGCCACUGGGCAGGGGUGAGCGCCCCAAAUCGAGCUGUUUCACCGUCCAAUCAGACAUCAGCAUCAGUUCACAGAGCAGGAUCGUCCACAGCGAACACUCCCAGAAACACUGACCCUGCUCAGGGUGCAAUACCAAACCAGUCUGCUCCACAUGUUAACUCCCUGCCACACACACAAGUGCCAAACAGCCCCAGUUCUGUGUCAACACGCAAUCCAUAUAAAGCUGUUUACAAUUACAAACCACAGAACUCAGACGAACUGGAGCUCAGAGAAGGAGACAUCGUACAAGUGAUGGAGAAAUGUGACGACGGCUGGUUUGUAGGUACGUCAGAAAGGACUCGAGCGUUUGGGACUUUUCCUGGGAAUUAUGUUGCACCAGUUUGACUUCCUCACUUCCUGCCUGUCCACGUCAACCUGGACUCAUGAGAGACCAACUUAAACUCACUCCAACAGAUCCUCCACUGUCACCCUGGCAUUUCCUCAUCACAUUUACCCACCACACUACAAGGACAUGGAGUGGUUUCUCCCCUCACCUCCCUGCAUGAGAGCAUGAAUGUGUAUGUGUGUGUGUGUGUGUGUGUGUGUGUGUUCCACUGAGACUUAUGGAUUUUUUGACACACCACAUUAGAGGCUGUAAUGAAUGCUGAUGAUACUGUUUCAGAUACAAAGAAUGGAUUGCUUUGUUCCACAACUGUUUGCAGAUGUUGGAAAUUUGCAUUCCUUUCUUGUGAACAGCACAGAUCCUUCUGAGGUCCUGAUACAGUGUGCUCCUUUAUUCAGCUUUUGCCAUCACAAAUCACUGCUAAGAGUUUGAAUUAGAAUGGCACAUUAUUUUCUGGCAUUUCAGUCGAUUAACAUUUCCUUCAAAUAUCUCCCUCAGAUUUUCUUUCAGAUCUGUGAAAGUACCCGAGACAAGUCUGAGGAAUCAACAUGAACAUCUCUAGAUGUGUGCUGAAAGUAAUUCACAAUAAGGGCUCGGACAUGUCGACAGAAGUUUACAGCCCUUUAUUAGACUAUGCAGAAAAGCAAAUGUAACUGAUGCAUGUAUACUGUUUUCUUGAGCUUUUUUGACGCAUUGACCCUCUUAAGCCAUGAUGUGGAAUGCCAAAGGUGAAAGUAAAGAAAAGACCCUGUCCUGCUGUAAUAUAAGAUGCUUUGAACUGAACUCUAUUUCAAACCUCUUUAAAUGUAACCUAGAUAAUGUCUCCACAGCCAACAAUUGAAUGAUGUUUUGAAGUUUUUGAAGUACUGCUGUAUGUGCCAAAACUAUCCUUUUGUGCAAUCUGAACCUUUUGAAAUCCUCUACUUAACAAAACCAGCUCACAUUAGUUCUGCAACAUUUGCUACUACUGCUUUUAUGAUGUUAUCUGUGCAUAAUGAAUUAACCUUUUACAGUAUUUCUAAAACCACUAAAUGUAUUUUUGAUCCGAUACAAUCGCUACAACGCUUUCAAAGUCUAAAUAGAAAAUCCUUCAUGAAGUCAUAAUGCAAUUUCUUAAGAUAUAUAUCCACAGUUUCACUGUAAAAAUAAAUCAUGUUUAGCAGACACAGGAGAUGAUUGUACAGACUGUAACCUAUGAUCAAAUUGAAAGUAUAAUAUAUAUUUGCUUAUAAAACAAUGUAUCUUAUGGAUGGUACGCAAUUUUUUAAAGGAAUUAAACACUACAGAGUGAUACUGACA